AUGACAAAGGCUGUAAUGGUGAGAUGUUACCUGCUUUAUUUACUAACUCUUACACUCUGUUGUGCUUGUGGGUUAGUAUGGGCUGAUAGUCCUAAAGCUUCUGAUGCCCUUAUUAAACCUUCUACUAUUGGUGUUCCUUCUCUUGUUCGUCGUGCUAUUCCCGCUUUUCUUAUCCCUUCUGACGAUAAAGAGUGUAAUUUGAGAAACGAAGUGGGGUUAGAUGUUGAUGACGAUGAGGAAGGAGCUGAUGAAAACGAUGACGAUGAGGAGGUUGAUCUUGAGACUAGUGAUCCUGCUAGUGGUGCUUCUUGCUCUUCCGAUACUCAUGGUAGAAAUUGUGCCUCUGGUGGUCACGAUGCUUCUCGUUCUCUCACUGGAGAUUCUGCUACUGGUAGUGACAGUCUUCAGCGUGGCCAACUCCAACAAUCACCUCAUUCUCCUGAACAUCCUCUCCAGGAAGCUGAACGUGGUGUCCCUUGCACUCCUAAUUCUUCUGCAUCUUGUCCUCUGCCUAAACCGCCAGAAAAACCCGAUCCAUCUGUAGUGAAAGAACCUGAACCUAACGCUCCUCUUGGUUCUGUGGAGGCACAUCCUCGUGAGGACAGACCCGAUACUCCUGCUAUUGUUGAUGAUGCCUCAACCAGUUCUCCAAAGGAAGAACGUCAAGGUAUGAAUGGUGAUAAAGGUGAAGUCGAUGUUGCUGCUCCUGUACCUGAAGCUGAAGGUACAGGUGGCGGCAACAACAGCAGUGCAACAGAUAACCAGGGAACUGCGGGAGCACAACCUUCUUCUUCUUCUAUCCAUUCAGAGACAGAGAGUACCGGUGGUUCUGAUAUUGCUUUAUCUGAAAAAGGCAGUACAUCUGCAGGAAAUGAGACAAUAAGUAACCCAGCUGAAGAGGAAUCAACCACCACCACCACCACAACAACAACAAUUCCUCCUGAACCCACAAACAACAAGAAGGGUGAUGCAGACAGCAGCAGCAGUAUCAGCAGUUCUGUGUGGGUGCGUGUACCACUACUGAUUGUGGUUACACUGGCCUGUAUUCUUGUGUGCUGA